GGCGAAGACAAAAAAGAAAAGAAUGAGGCUUGGAGACAAAAGCAUCUUGUGCUCCUCAGCCGUGUCCUAUUUGCUCAGCCCCUAACCCAGACUGGAGACCCUUCUUGCCCUGUCACCUUCUGGUCUUUUUCGUGCUGCAGGACCUUUUCUUCUUUCCUGCACAUCCCCCUCUCGGUGAACCGACGGUGCAAUUUACAAACAUUCCCACAGUCAUCUUCACCUUCCAAAAUGCUGUUUGCACGGCAGGUGCUGGGGCCACUUCUGGCCUCGAUCGCUUUGGCGACUCUAGGAUCCGCUGCGGACAGUUCUUACACUGGCUCGGCGACGGCAACAACUGCGAGCAAUUCGAUAACUACAACGUUCUCCACGUCCACGACGACAACCACCGGCAGUGUGACACAUACAGUCCAAGUCGGACCGGAUUCGAGUCCGCAUGCCUACGUUCCUCAUAAUCUCACGGCCAAUAUUGGCGAUGUUGUUGUCUUUGAAUUCUACCCGACAAACCACUCUGUCGUACAGGCAGACUAUGGGGCGCCCUGUCGCUAUCCGUCUCGUGGUGCCUACUUCUAUUCGGGGAUUUUUAACACUUUCAACGAGAACAAUGGUCAACUCGUCGGUCCGCCGCCCACCUGGUCAGUCGUUAUCAAUGACACUAAGCCAACGUUCUUCUACUGCACUGCAAUCGGCUCAUGCCUGCAAAACGGAAUGGUGGGCGUCAUCAACCCGAACUCGACCGAAACCUUCGAAUCGCAAUACAAGAGAGCUCUCACCUAUGAGUACAUGCUAGUACCUGGCCAAUCUGCGCCCGCCGAGGGCGGCGGGUCAACGUCCGGGGACUCGACCUCGACAACCACGAGCGCAAGCCCCAGCGCCACAACCAGCAGUGCCUCUUCCGGCGGAGGAGGAGGAGGGUUGAGUGGCGGAGCGAUUGCCGGCAUUGUGGUCGCAGCUGUGGCGUUCGUUGCUAUUUUAGUCACACUCUUCUUUGUCCUCGGUCGCAAUCGAGUAUACUCCCAAUGGAUGUCCUCCCAAGACGGGCGGACCGAGCGCACGGCUAGAUGGGCUUUAUUCAACAAUACGGGCGGCUCAACUGGAAAUCGCAAGAGUGAACUCGACAGCAGUACUGCCAGGGCAACGGCUACCGAAGUUACCUCUGUGGGUAGUCCAGACCCAACUAUGCAACAGUUUUCGCCAGCUCCAGAGUCGGUAUCAGGGUUUGGGGGCUCAACGCCUCGUCAUAAUUCUGGCCAAUGGAAUUGGGACGUUCCGCAGAGUUCACGCAGUCCCCGUGGUCCAACCGAGUUGGAAGCAAACACUAUCGUUCAUCAGCUCCCAGAGCGGAGGGGUUCAUAAUUUUGUUCUAAAUUGAGAAUAAGACGCAGGUGAUGUGGCUUUUGUUACCUGGCGCAGAUGAAUCUACUCGCUCUUUGCAAAACUGUGGGGUUAAGGGACCGGUGGGUGGAAGCAAGGCUGGUCUUAAGCUUAUUUCUAAUUUUCUCACUUCUUUGGUGUUGCAAUCCGCGUUUUUGGAUUUGGUCAAGGCUUGAUUUAUGGUUUACACACACGUUAUAUAUCAUUGAUACACUCUUCGUUUAGCAGCUCUCCUUCUCCUAUGAAGUACCAAAUCUAAU